UAUGGCAGAGUCUGAAUACUUUUGUGAAUCACACAUAUUUUUGUAAAAUAAAUAGCCAGUUAGAAGAAGGACUCGGAAUUUGUAUAGCAGCUGAUGUGUAAAGAUGGCCAAGCUCAAUACAAACAAAUAGUGAUCAGUGACGUGCUCAUUUUACGACUGACUCUGUACCUAGGGGGCAAAUGAUAAACAAAUUUAUUUUGUUACACAUUAAAAAAUGGCUUAUGAUACACGUAAUAUAAAAUAUUCAUCUGAAAUGCACAAUCAUCAACAUAAUCAACCUAAUAUAACUGGAUAUACAUAUUCUGGACAUCCAGUACCACAUGCUCAACAUACAGAUGAAAAUAGAAAUGAAAAUAAUUGUGGAAAUAAGGAAACAUGUUCUCAAAUAUCUCAUCAAUCUUCGGGUACACAGACAAUUCAAAAAGUAGAUGCAGCAACCAUGACUGAUCCAUUACAAAUAGAUUUUAGACUUACUUCUGAGUAUUUAGCACGAUGUUCUAGUACAUUAGGUUUACCAUAUGUAACUAAAUAUGAAGAAAAUAGCAAUAAUUCAACUCAUAAUUGUCAAGAAAUUCGACCAAAAAUUGAAUUUGAAGUUGAACCACAACAUAUCAAUGGUAUGUUAAUUUAUCAUUGUCCAGAAUGUGCAUAUAGAUUUGAAGACAGAGAAGCGUUACAUGAACAUUUAGAGGAUCAUAGACAACGACCCCACAUCUGUGAUAUUUGUGGUGCAAGUUUAAAACGCAAAGAACAUCUAGAUCGUCAUAAACAAGGACAUAAUAAAGAUAGGCCUUAUCAGUGUAAUAUGUGUUGCAAAGCAUUUAAACGCAAUGAACAUCUUGCACGUCAUAUGAUUAUUCACUCUGGUAGCAAAAAUCAAGUUUGUACAGAAUGUGGCAAAGCUUUUUAUAGAAAGGAUCAUUUAAAAAAGCACUUGCAAAGUCAUAAUAGUAGUAGAAAUAAAAAUCUAAAUAGUUCACAAAAUAAUCAAAAUAGUCAUAAUAAUGGCGAUGAAGGAUUAAGUAGUUUUGCAAUGAUGAUGAGACAAACUGGGCCACCUCCAUUUUCUAUUUUAAGAACUUAAUACAUUUUUAUCUUAUUAAAAUUGUUUUAUAAUUUAGGCAAUUUAAAUUUAAGAGAUUGAUACAGCGAGCUUUAUCAGAGACAUUUUCAUGAUAUAACAGAAUAGUUGUUAAUUGUUCUGAAUUUUGCAGUUAUGUACAUAUAUAUAUAUAU